CCUCGCUCACCUCUCCUCCGUCUUUCUCGCAGGUCUACUGAGCGGUCAGACCUCCCCACCCAACGUCCGCCUGGAGCGUCUCGACUCCCCGCAGGUGCUGCAGCUGUGUGUGCGUUACCAGGAUCACCUUCACCAGUGCGCUGAGGCGGUGGCUUUCGACCAGAACGCGCUGGUGAAACGUAUAAAGGAGAUGGACGCCUCCGUGGACACCCUGUACAGCUACAUGCAGGAACGCCAGAAGCGCUUCGCCAAGUACGCCGAGCAGAUCCAGAAGGUGAACGAGAUGUCGGCCAUUUUGAGACGGAUUCAGAUGGGGAUUGAUCAGACAGUGCCGCUGAUGGAGAAGCUUAACGCCAUGCUGCCCGAGGGCGAGCGGCUGGAGCCAUUCUGUAUGAGUCCAGACAGGGAGCAUAAACCUUAAAGGGUCGCAACUGUUUAUCACGCCAGAGGAAAGCGA